CUGGGAGGGGUUAGUUUGGUCCGCUCGCUUCCCACAGCAGUUAUGAUAACUUGGCCGGCUGCGAGCGAGUGACGCGCCGUGGUUUCGCACCCAAAACACACGGCUCGGUGAUAGCUUGUUUCCUAGCAGGUGAAAUUGAGGGACCGGGAGACCAACUUUGAGCGGGAUAUACUUAUCUAUCUAAACGAGGAGGGCAACCUGUCGCCCACCCUUCUCCCUCUCUAAGAUGUUGCUUUGUGGAUGGGAUGGCGUCUCGUCCCGUUUGUCUGCGCAUUUAUAGCCCAACCGGACAAGCAAAUUUAGCCACCCCUGUGUCUCCAUUGUAGCGAUUCUGUUCUCCGGGAAGAUGCACGUGUCGCUGGCAGAAGCCUUGGAGGUCCGAGGCGGUCCUCUCCAGGAGGAGGAGGUCUGGGCGGUGCUGAGCCAGAGUGCCGAGAGCCUCCAAGAACUCUUUCACAAAGACCCCUCAGCGAUGGGCUUCAUCAUCUCCCCAUGGUCUCUCCUGCUCAUGCCCUCAGGCAACAUCUCCUUCACAAACGAGUACGUCACUCAGCAGGACCUGAGAGCCUUUACAGCGCCUGAAGUGCUGGAGGGCAGCUCCCUUACGUCUGUCGCCGAUAUAGAAAAGAUGCACAUGUACUCUUUGGGGAUGACCCUCUACUGGGGAGCGGACUACGAGAUACCCCAAAGCCAGCCUAUGAAGUUGGGGGAACACCUAAACAGCCUGCUCCUCAACAUGUGCGACGAUGUCACACUGAGCCGAAUGUCGCUGCGCACGGUGCUGGACAUCUGCAGCAAACACAUUCGAAAUUCCACUUGUGACCCUCCGUUUUCGUAUGUUCGAAAGCUGGUCCGUUUGGUCCUUGGGAGCCUUUCCCAGCUGGACGGUCUGCUAACCGACAGAGAGUCUCUUCCCGAGCGCAGUAAGGAAAUCCGGGAGAGGUUGAGGGGGAAAGGCUUACCUUCAGGAAGGAGUGCUGCCCCCAGGGUGCUGGAGCGCUACCGGGCCAGGACUCAGGAGCAGAGCUCUCUCAACCGGGGCCUCAGUCGCUCUAUGGGAUCCCUGCCGGUGCACAACAUCAUGAGGGGGGAUGAAGGAGCCGCCCUCCACUACCCUCACUGCGACUAUCACCCCGACUCGGAAUGUCCCGGCGAAAUGUGCCCCACGUUUGUCUCACUCCAGCACCAGCACUCCUACCCCUACCUGCACCCACUUCACCCCCAGCAAAAAGGCCGACCCGUGGAACUGGACCGCAGGUCUUUACCCUUCCACAGCACAGACCCCAGGGCAGCCCAGGCCAGGAAGACCUGGGCGUCCUCCGUGGACUUGGCCUGCAUCGACCCGGAGGCCCUUCGUUUCGGAGCUUUGGAGGACGCACGGCGAGGCAGCAACGCAUUAACCACGCAAACUAUUGGCAGGAUGAAAUCGCCGUUUGGCGCAUCCAUAGAGAGGGACGCUCGCUAUUAUGAAUUUGGUGGGCUCAAGAGCCGGAAUGCCCAUCACCUCUCGACACCAUCAGUCGGCUCGGGCCUGCCCGGUGCCUACGACCGCAUCAAGGAGCGGCAGAGGAAGCUGCAGAUGCUGCGACAAGCCAUGGAUGAACCCAAUCUCACCCACCACCGGCACCACAGUGAUUACAGUUCCUCCAGUGAAAGCCCCUCGGUUGCCUCCUCUGAUCCCGACUACAGGCAAGGGAAGAAAACGCCCGACCCGAGGCGAUUCGGCUCUCAGCUGGCGCUCUCCUCAGAACACGACUCCUUGUCCAUAACGAGUCACAACACGCAGAGGCACAGGCAGUAUGAAGGAGCAGCUGAUGAAGGUUUGGCUGGAGCUGAGCUGCUCCUCCAGAAGCAGGAGGAGGAGGUGCAGCGUCUACAUGCACACCUGGCCAAUAGGUUGUCCCAGGGCAACAUCUACACCUUGGAUGACCCGCUGGCUCCUUCGCGCACUUCCAUGUUGGACCUCCAGGACCCGCCUUACACUUCCUCGAUGCCGCUGCGAAAAGCCAAGCUGUUCCACGGACCAGAGUUUGUGAAGAUGGCGAGUGAGCCCAGCGUUGCACUUAACGUUCCCGCUUCCAUCAUGAAGCGUAAGGGUGAGGAAGUGCAGAGGAAGCUGAGCGUGGUGCUGCUGAGCGGCCAGAAGCUGGAGUUGAGCUGUGACGUCAAGGCCUCGGGUAAAGACGCGCUGGAUAUGGUCAUCGCCCACGUUGGCCUGGUCGAACGCCAUCUCUUUGGCCUCGCUUACCUCACAGAAAAUGAGUUUUUCUUCAUUAAUCCUGAUGUCAAGCUGUCCAAAGUGGCGCCUGAGACUUGGAAGAAGAAAUCUGACGUGCCUUUUAACCUUUUCUUACGCAUCAAGUUUUUCAUUGAUGACGUCAACCUAAUUCAACACGCUAUGACCAAACAUCAGUACUAUUUACAGCUGAGGAAGGACAUUCUGGACGAGAGGAUGCGCUGCGACAUGGAAAAUGCCAUCUUUUUGGCCUCCAUAGCACUUCAAGCAGAGUAUGGUGACUACCAACCUGAGCAACUCCACGGGAAGACGUACUUCAGAGCCGAGCACUACCUGCCUGUGUCAGUCUUGGAUAAGAUAGACCAGGCGACCAUCAAGGAGGAGCUUCCAAAACUUCACAGGAACUACUACGGAGCGUCUGAGUCGGAGGCCGAGUUUGAGUUUCUCAAGGUAUGCCAGAGGCUGACCGAAUACGGGGUCCAUUUCCACCGUGUGCUCCCUGAGAAGAGGUCCCAGACUGGCAUCAUGCUGGGCGUCUACUCCAAAGGGGUUCUCAUCUUUGAGGUCCUUAAUGGAAAUCGAACCCCGGUGCUAAAGUUCCCCUGGAGGGAGACAAAGAAGAUUUCAUUCACAAAAAAGAAGAUUUGCCUUCAAAACACAUCGGAUGGAAUCAAGCAUGUUUUCCAGACAGACAACAGCAGUACAUGUCAGUAUCUGCUAGAGCUCUGCUCUGACCAUCACAAGUUUCACCAGCAAAUGAGGGCUCUCCAAAGCAACCAGGAGCUCCAGGAACUCGUGAACAGCCCCCCGACUAGUUUGCAGUAUAACACGGAUCGUCAGGGCGCGGUAAGCCGAACGUUGAGCUCAGACAGCCUGGCCCCCGCCCUUUCCACACGCUCCAACCCAGAGCACCUGAAGAGGAUCUCCUACUCGGAAGCAGCACUCAACAAAGCUCUAGCUGGCUCCGUUCUGGCCCAGGACAAGAUGAACUUUCCAGGGUUCCAUCCAGCGAAGGUGCAACCUAAUCCCCGGGCCAUGAGCCGCUCCCUUCACAACCUUGGGCAGACACUGGAGGCCUUCCAGCACAGCGCAGCAGAACCGUAUAGCAGUGGUUUGGCACAGACACAACCCAGUUCGGACACGGACUCGCUCUCGCAUCAAAACAACACUCCCGCCUGGAGCCACUUUGAGUCCAAAAGAGAAUCAGACUCCUCUUCCAUAGAGGAUGCAGGCCAGGCUUAUGUAAUGGGGGUCAGCACGCACAGCUCCUCUGGACUAUCCUCCACUCCAACCUCUGCUAAUGAUUCCUUCAAGAAAAAAGUGAACGCGUUGCCAUCUCCAGAGAGACAAAUCACAUCUGUAAGCCUGAAGAAAGAUGUGAAAUAUGGCCUGGGGUUCCAGGUGGUGGCUGAGGACAACUCAGGUCGUACUGAAAGGGGCACUCUCAUCAGCUCUGUCACACCCGGGGGUCCCGCUGAUGUUAAUGGUUAUCUCAAACCCGGAGAUCGCCUGAUUGCUGUCAACGACCUGAACUUGGAAGGUCUCUCCCAUGCCGACACCAUUCAAGCGCUCCAAAAUGCUCCGGAUGAUGUCACGCUGGUGGUUUUGCAGCCUGCAGAGAGACUGUACAACGAGUCUUCACCUGGCUUGUCCCCAACCAAGACCAAAUCUACUCUGGUAGCACUCAAGUCUGCUCAGCCCGAACUGCAAUCUCCUUCAACUGAUCACCCAGCAAUAGUGCGAUCCAGCCCUCCGGCCCCCCAUCACCCGCCUUCACCCACCUUCCAAGCCCGGUUCAGUUCUCCACCCUCUCAAGACAUGAUGAGCACCAUUCCAACCAUCAUCCUGCCCACUUCAAGACAAGUCGAGCAGUGCUUGGAAAGGGCAAACACCACGCUUGAAUCCCCAAAUUCGUCCUUGGAUCCUCUGCCGCCGGCAUUGCCUCCCAAAACCCGGAAGACAAAACUCUUAGAAGCUCCGAAGCUUUCGGAGUACUCCGACGGUGGGGAUUCUGACGUGGAUGAUGAAAGUCACUCCAAAAGUCCGGAGAAAUUAAUGGUCCAUCAGGACUACCGCCGAGAACAUUUAAAUGGUAAUGCCUCAGGUGUCGGUAGCCUCCGGCCCGGAGAGUUAUUUGACAUUGAGCUGUCAAAAAAAGACAGCAGUCUGGGCAUAAGUGUCACGGUACUGUUCGGCAAGGGGGGAGUGAACACGACUAUUCAGCAUGGUGGCAUCUAUGUGAAGGCCAUACUUCCGAAAGGAGCUGCAGAGAUGGAUGGAAGGAUACAUAAAGGGGACCGCGUGGUGGCCGUCAAUGGAAAGUCACUCGACGGCGCCUCUCACCAGCAGGCCGUCGACGCUCUCAGAGACACGGGUCAGACGGUUAAUUUGUUGCUCGAGAGAGGUCACCCACCCACGGAAAAGAUCCACGCACCCGUCACCCCUCUGUGCACACCGCAGCACUCCGGCAACAGCAGCCUCCGGGAGCCGGGCAAGAGUAAGGCAACGGCACAGCAGCGCAAGGAUGAGCCAGAGUAUAGCUUUUUAACGCCAGACAAUGUAUUUGAAGUGCGCCUGGUGAAGAACGCCUCCGGACUGGGCUUCAGCUUCAGUCGGGAGGAGUAUAUCCCGGACGAGGCUCCGGGCUCGAGUAUGGUGCGCGUGAAAAAACUGUUCCCCGGUCAGCCGGCUGCUGAGAGCGGCCGUAUCAACGUUGGUGAUGUCAUCAUGCGCGUCAAUAAAACACCCCUCAAAGGACUCUCACAGCAUGAGGUAAUUUCUGCCUUGCGAGGAACGGGACAAGAAGUGACAUUGCGCCUUUGUAGACCGGAACGAGGCGUUCUUCCAGAGAUGGACGCUUCGGCUUUGACACCCAACCGAUCACCCCGUAAACUCACUCCAACCAAGUCUGAUCUCCCAAGGACCGAAUAUGCCGCUCCGCCGAAUGACAAGAGGCAUCAAAGCAGCGUGGAAGAAGCCCUGGAGAGACUGCGAAUCAAAUCCACUGAUAGCGCCGAGGACUUCCAGGAAACUCUGCGUCUGAAGAACUCCGACCGUGUGGAGGACAUCCUGGACAGGCUGCAAGUCAAGAGCCCCGGCCGACGCAACAGCUACAGCGACAGCACGGACGGCGACGAGGAGGUCGAGGAAACAUUCAGCCCGAGCGCCCUGGAGCACAGCGGGCAGUCGUGGGACCUCGGCGUCUACCAGAACCUGAGUGACAACAGCCUGGGACUCGAAUCCUUCAGCAGCAGCCGCCAGCUGGACGACAGCAUCUACUCGCCGCAAAUGGCCAUGACCAGACUGGAACAAAGCAAGAGGAAUCAAGAGUCCUCCCGUACAGCUCCGAGUCCAGAUCCCCUUCCUCCGCCUCUGCGCAUGCCUUUAAACCACGCUGUGCCCACAAAUGGUACAGAGAUGGAUGAACUUGUCCCGGUAGUGGAGCUGAAGGUCUCACUAAUGAAGUCUGAAAUGGGCAGCCUUGGCUUUACACUGACCAAAGGCCGCGAUCACGGUUGUUACAUCCAUGACAUUGUUCAGGAUCCCGCCAAAAGCGACGGACGGCUCAGGCCCGGGGACAGAAUGCUCAAGGUGAACCAGAAAGAUGUGAGCAGCAUGGGCCACACCCAGGUGGUGGAACUUGUGCGUGCAGAGCCUCGGUUGGUGAACUUGGUUGUGGGUAGAGUGUUGGAUGACUCAAAACCCUACAUCGAUGCCCACCUGCUGCCCGACAUUUGCUUUCGAGACCUCCACAAACCACUUGGUCUGGUUUUGGACGGCGGUCGGGACAGCGCGUACGGGCUUGUGUUUGUAAAAGACAUCCUAACAGGAUCAGCGGCCUUUGAUGAAGGCACCCUGAGGCCAUUGGACCUCAUCCAUUACAUUAAUGGUGCACCCACUCAGGAACUUACCCUCAGCGAGAACACCAGAUUGUUGGAACUUUCUUGUGGCGACUUAACUCUUAAAGCCACAAGGGAUGGCAAGCCUGUGUAUCCUGGGAAAUUGUCCUCUCUGAAUAGUAACAUCAGCUCCAGUGUCUCAUCUGGCAUCAAUGGGUUCCUCACCGCAGAAGAUCCAAUGGAGACCGAGUUUUUCACAGUGCUGUCUUCUUUAGAGGAGGAGGUAAUUAAGCUGGAACUGGACAAGCCGAACUCGGGAGGUCUCGGUUUCUCCGUGAUCGGCGGUGAGCGAGGUAUAUUCGUCAAGUCCAUCACAGCAGGAGGAGUGGCCGAGGCCUCGGGCAAGUUGCAAGUGGGCGACCGGCUGUUGAAAGUGAACGAGGAGCCAAUGACCGGUGUCUCGCAUACCAAAGCUGUCACCACCAUCCGCAAAGCUAAAGGCCUGGUACGCUUGAUGGUGUCCAGGCCGCCCGGCCAGAACCCCAACACCUACAUGGCCUAUCUGCCAAUCAACACGAAUAAGUGCAACGGAAACACAGAUCUCAGUGAGGACAGCGGGGUGAAGUCCAAGUUGGGUAGUCCCCAUAACGUACUGAAUUCCGGCUGUCCACCAUUACCGCCGGCCGACUAUGACGAAGGUCCGCCCAAUCCCAAAAGAGAGCACAGUGCCGAACUCUCCGAAGAUACAGACUACGACGGAUCCUCCUUACCCGAAGACUCGCCCGAGAGUUCUCGUAAAGUGCAAUGGAUGGAGGAGAGUGUGGACGCCCCCAGCAAUGAAAAUUACCUGCAAAUGAGCGCUGGCCGGCCAGAAGACGACGACGAUGACGACAUCACGUGGGGCAGUGAUGAGCUGCCCAUUGAAAACCUCGAUUCCAAAUUCAGAAAAGCUGGGCCAAUCAUCACAGAAGACGAGCUGACCUCCUUGCCGCUUGUUGAGGUGGUCCCCGAUGGCCAGUAUACAGGUGUCAACCUCAACGGCGUUGUGCGCAUGAUGAAGGGGCUGCUGGAACAGAAAGUCCCCCAGCAGGAAUUUGAGAAUCUUCAAAAUCUUCAACCUCUGGACGACUGUUUGGUUGGCCAGACGAAGGAGAACAAGAGAAAGAACCGCUACAAGAAUAUUGUCCCCUUCGACACCACACGAGUGGUGCUCGGUACAAAUGGCGGUUAUAUCAACGCCAACCACAUCAAGAUGCCCGUGAAGGAUGAGGACUUUGCAUACAUCGCCUGCCAGGGACCCCUGCCCACCACUAUGGGCGACUUCUGGCAGAUGGUGUGGGAGCAGAAGGCCAAUGUGGUCGCCAUGAUGACGCAGGAGAUUGAGGGCGGCAAAGUGAAGUGCCAACGGUACUGGCCAGACUCGCCGGGCACCACCGAGAUGGUGGACGAGCGCCUGCAGAUCAAGUUGCUCAAGGAUCAAUACCUGGACCACUUUGUCAUCAGACUCAUGGAGGUCAAAGAUGUGACGACGGAUGAAACGCAGCUGGUGACGCACCUGAACUACACGGGCUGGCCCGACCACGGGACGCCAUCUCAGCCCGAACAGCUGCUCACCUUCAUCUCUUAUAUGCGGCACGUGCACCGCUCGGGCCCCAUCGUCACACACUGCAGCGCUGGCAUCGGACGUUCCGGGACGCUUAUUUGCAUCGACGUGGUCCUUGGGCUUAUCAGCAAAGACGCCGACUUUGAUAUUUCGGAUGUGGUACGGAACAUGAGACUUCAGCGAAAGGGAAUGGUCCAGACAGAGGACCAGUAUAUCUUCUGCUACAGGGUGAUCCACUACGUCCUGGAAUGCCUUCAAGAUGAGAAGAACAUCUCAGGAUAGUCAAUGGGCACCAGCAGAAAAAGGCCAAAUCAUCAAAAGUGAUUUUAAAAUACCGUAAAUAUUAAUUCCACACCACUAUUAGUGUCCAUUCUUUUUAAAGAAAUAUAUUUUUUAUUAUGUUUGCUUUUUUUUUUUUUUUAAGUUCUCUUCCUUUUGGCUGCUACCCCUCACCCCCUUCGUACAACGUUGAGAACUGCUGAUUGUAUUUCUUAUGUCCACCUAUAAAGAGAACGCUAGUGUUUUAUUUUCCGGAUAAAACGAUGACACACAUGGACCAAUGACAUCAUAUUGUAUGUAUGAGGAACAAAAUUGUAACUAUUUGAAAUUGCAUUUUGUUUGUUUGUUGAUGCUGGAACUCGCCUUGACAGAAUACUGUGUCAGUAUUUGCUUCGCUCGCUGCCUGAAGGUAAACGAUAAACUUAAAUGUGUACAUAUUCAUUUGCUGAAAAUUAAACUGGAUACAUUUUAA